AUAACAUAUAUUUUCAACUAGAAACUGUACCACAUAUAAAAUGCAAAUUAUUUGUAUUACCUUUAGGAGAUGAAUUAAUUGUAAGUUUUUAUCCUCUAUUGGAAGAAGGUGUUGCGAGAAAAGGUUACAGUAUGAUGGUAUAAUAAAUUUACAGCGAUGUUAGUAAUCUAAAAAGUAUUAUGUUUAUUUUUGAUAUUGUUUGAUAGUUUUAAAAAUACAAUAUCUACACCAGCACGUUCAGAUAUAUUAAUCAAAGCAGGAGUGAUGGGUCCUAGUCUUCAAGCUCUUCCAAUUGAAUUAAAGUACAGAAUUUUAAGGUUGUUAGAUGCCCGUACUUUGACAAAAAUGGCACAAUGUUGUAAACAAUUUUGUGAACUCUGUUCAGACUCGCAAUUGUGGAAAUCUUUGAUACAAAGAGACUUUCCAAAUUUCAUAAGAACAAGUAACAAAAAAAUGACGAAAGAUAAAGAUUAUUGUUAUCAGGAUUAUAUAGUAGCACGCCGAUAUUCUUCUUUUGCGUCGAAACACAGAAAUUUCGAAAAUACAGAUUUAGAAGAUAUAUUUUUUUAAAAUAUACAAAUAUAUUGCUUUUUAAUGUAUUUUGCAGCUUAUAAUGAUAUAAAAGAAUUAACAAUAAUUGAUUAAAAUUGUAAUGUCUUCAAUUUUUAUAUAAAAUAAACUAAACAGUUGUUUGUACAACUGUUUUUAUAU